UGGGCGGGGUGACAGAGAUAUGGUUGACAGUAUUCACAAGGACACUCGUAUCGAAAUCCUUCUUAGAUCUCCACCAGGAUCUCCGAAUUAUGCUAUGGCGGCGCAGCUUAAGUUGGACGAAAAUUGCCCGCUGUGGACGCCUCGGGAAGCUUCAGCAGGUGAGGAAGCGGAGCUCAGAAAGAUCAGGGACAUACAGGGACACAUCAGGCGUCAUAUGGGCUCUCGUGGCAUGAGCAGCAUCACUACUCAGGAUAUGCAAACUGUUCUGACUGCUAAUUUUGCAGCAACAUGGGGCCAGGAACUUCCAUACUAUCAGUAUGCUGUCAACGCGAUGGAUCAGGGCGUCCGAACCUGAGUAGA